AUGAUGUUACAAUAUAACAUUUUAUGGCUUGAUGCAAAUUCGUUCGAUCCAAUGAGUACUUUUCGUGCUAAACUUGGUGACGUUCAAACAUUCACAGAUGUUAAUAGUUGUAUUAAGUACAUACAAUCUCAUCCAAAUGAAUCCAUUUAUCUUAUUGUUUCGGGUUCGUUGGCUAAAGAAGUCGUUCCAAUAAUCUAUGAAUCUCCAAAUCUUGUACAAAUCUUUCUUUUUUGCGGAUCAGUUUCGGCUUAUGCAGAAUGGGGAAUGGAUUAUUGUGAUAAAAUGAUGAUAUUUGAUCAUGGAGAUGAUCUUUUAGAACGGUUAUGGAAUGAUUUACAAAACAAUUUACGGGAACAUGCGACAUUAUGUUUAAAACGUGCGGAGGAGUAUAAACAACAAGCUUUACAAUAUAAAAAGCCGUGUGGUUAA